AUGGCAGAAGCUAAUAUUUCUGUGAGCCGGGAACAGUUCAGCUGUCCAGUCUGUCUAGAUCUAUUGAACGAUCCAGUGACCAUCCCCUGUGGACACAGUUAUUGUAUGAACUGUAUUAGACGCUAUUGGGAUGAAAAUGCUCAAUUGAGAGUUUACAACUGUCCUCAGUGCAGACAAGCCUUCACUCCGAGACCAGUUUUAGCGAAGAAUGUGGUGGUUGCUGAAAUGGUGGAGAAACUGAGGAGGACAGGACCCCAGGCUGCUCAUGUUCCUCACUGUGACGCUAGACCUGGAGAUGUGGAGUGUGAUGUUUGUACUGGCAGAAAAUACAAAGCCAUCAAAUCCUGUUUGGUGUGUCUGAACUCUUUUUGUCCCAUUCACUUUCAACAACAUGAGGAUCUCUUCGAAGGUGAGAGACACUGUUUGAUGGAUGCUACUGAACAACUCCAGGAGAUGAUCUGUCCAAUACACAAUGAGCUUUUGGAGAUUUUUUGUCAUACUGACCAGACGAGUAUUUGUAUGCUGUGUACAAUGGAUAUCCACAAAAACCACGACGUGUCACCAGGAGCAGAGAGAAUUAAUCAGAGUUCUUCGUCUCUCUCUGUUUCUCAUGAACCUACUGACCUUUUCAGCUUUGAUGUCAGUUCUCAUCCUUCUAAUUAUCUGAGAAAAUCUUUCUCUCAAAAACUAAAGAAAAAAAUGGACGAUUUCCUAAAUUCAGAGGUAGUGGUUGUGUCUGGUUUGGUAAUUCACUACAAAAACCCCACGGAUGCACCCAGGAACAGAAAUGAGAUCCUACAAUAUUCACAAGAGCUCUCAAUGGAUUCAAACACAAUGAAUGAAAUACUCGUACUGUCUGGGGGAAACAGAGUGGCUACUAACACUGGCAAAGUCCAGCGAUAUCCCAAUCAUCCAGAGAGAUUUGAUUGUUGGCCUCAGGUGUUGUGUAGAGAGAGUGUGUGUGGACGUGCCUACUGGGAAUUUGAGUGGAGUGGGAGUGCUGGCAUGGGUAUUUCGUUGUCGUAUAGGAGCAUCUGCAGGAAGGGAAGGGGUGAUGAGUGUAAAUUUGGAAGCAAUGAUCAGUCUACGAAUUUAUACUGCUCUCCUUCCAAAUACAUAUUCUGGGACAGUAACAAAAAGACUAAACUGUAUAUAAAGACUUCUAAAGUAAAGUCUUCUAGAUUAGGAGUGUAUGUGGAUUACAGUGCUGGAAUUGUGAACUACUUCAGCAUCUCUGACACAAUGAAACUCAUCUACAUAGUCCAGGGCAAAUUCACGCAGCCGAUCUAUCCUGGGUUUACGGUUUAUUUUGGAUCUGCAGUGAAACUGUGUGAUCCAUCAAUGAACUGUAGAUGA